UUUUACUUUGACAGAAUACUAUUCACAUAAAUCAUUCUUUUGUAUGGGUUAAUGAUCUGAGAAAUACUCCAAUUUUUAUGAGUGACACAAUCAAGGAAUCCUUGACUAAAAUUUUUAAGCUACCGCGCAGUUUCAUUUGUUUGUUUUCAACUGCUCACAAGUAACAGAUAUAACUCACGUACAAGUAUAUGAUAAUAAUUACGAAGAUUUAACUUUUUAAUUGAAAGUUUACAAGAAAAAAAUAUUGGCAUUUCAAUGUGUUCUAAUAUAAUGGAUAAUCAAUUGCUCGAUAAUUCAAAAUGCUGUUCUGAACAAAAUUUGAUGAUGACUUUCAAAAGCCGAGCACCUUUAGAAUUGCAUACAAGACAUAUGGUCAUCGUCUCAGCUAUAGAUGAAGAGACACUUACUUGUUGUGUGCAAUUGUUGUCACUACAAACAAAUUUGGAACAAUUAAUGAUUCAGAUUAAUAAUUGUAAAAAAUAUCAUUUUGAUGAAAUUCCAAUAAAUGGAUCGACCUGUAUAGGUCAAUUCAAAAAUGGAUUAUAUUAUCGGGCCACAGUUAUGGGUGUAGGGGAUAUAAAUUCUCUGAAGUUAUAUUCAAUUGAUUAUGGUACAACGGAAAUGGUUUCCUUCGCAAAAGUUUUCCAAAUCGACGCUGAAUUCAUUCUUGAUAAGGUUUAUGCAUAUAGAUUUGCUUUGCAUGGUUUAUUUUUAGAUCCUACGCUCAAAAAGAUAAUGCAUGAGCAUUUUUGGAAUAUUGUAAAUCAACAAGUAUUAGAACUAGAAGUAUUACCUUCAAAGGGUUCAGCAAUACAAUAUUGUAACCUUUUUCUUGAUGGAAAAAACGUGAUAGACAUAAUUAAUGAAACAAUUUCUGCAGCCUGCAAUAUUCAACUACCAAAAAAUAAUAUUACGUUUGCUGAACUUAAAGUUUGUAAGGGAUCCAAACAUAAUGUUUUGGUAUCAUAUAUAGAAACAGUGUCACAUUUUUAUAUUCAUUUAUAUGAACAUAAGGAUCAAUUAGAUAAUGUAAUGGAAAAACUUAACAUUUAUUGUGAGAAUGCUGAAGGAUUAUCUAUAGAACAUUUGCAAGUUAACAUGCCAUGCGCAGCUCUCUAUCUGGAGGAUCAAAUUUGGUAUAGAGCUGUUAUAUUAUCAUUGCAUGAUAAUAAAAUAAAAGUUCAAUAUGUAGAUUAUGGCAAUUGUGAAACUGUAGAUAUAUCUUGUUUGAAAUUAUUGAGUGAGGAAUUGAUAUCUUGUUUGGAAGCCCAAGCACUUCUAUGCUGUUUAACGGGCUUAGACAGCAUUAAUCAAAAUGAAUCUACUACAACACAAUUGGAAAUGUUGUGUUUAGAGAAGAUUCUAAAUAUGACGGUGGCAUAUUAUGAUGUUAACACGGGUUGUGCCGUAGUUGAUUUAGUGGACUCAAACAUAACACCCCCCUUGAACGUAUCAAAAAGAAUUAUUGAGUUAUCAUCGCCGAGACAGAAUCGUUUUAUUGCUUCCGAAAACAAAGGUUUGAGUCAUAAUGAUAGAAAGACCCCACAAUUAAACAAUUUGCAAAAUACCACACCUGAAGCAAUAGUCCCCAAUGGUUUUGCCACUGAACAUUCAUUGAAAGUUACAAAUGAAAAUGCACUAUCAUCUCAGUUACAAAAAUGUUUUAUGAGUCAGCAUCAAAGUAAAAGAUUUAAGGAUAAUUUACCAUCAGUUAUGCAACAAGUUGCUGUAUCUUGGUUUGUCAAUCCCCACAAUUUUCAUUGCCAAUUGAAAUGUAAUGAUGCAAAAUUGGUGGAUUUGAUGAAGAAUAUUCAAACAAAGUACAGUAAAAUUAAAAGCAAUGCGUUCAAUGCUGAAGUAGAAGAUGCUGUGAUUGUGAAAUAUAAACAAGAUAAUAUUAUGUAUAGAGGAAGGAUAGUGAACAUUAAAGAGCAAAGAUAUCUGAUUCAAUUUGUUGAUUAUGGCUUCAAAGACAUUGUUGGACCUACUGAUAUUUUUCCAAUAGAGGAUGAAUUUUUAUUAGAGCCAACAUUUGCUAUAAAAUGUAAAAUCAAUAGCAUUAUUCCAAUCAGAAUGGAUAAAUCAAAUCUGCCACAGAUAUAUGGCUUCUUCAAGCAAAAUGUUUAUGAUUGUAUGUUUAAUGAGACUGAUGCAAGUGGCUACACUAAUGUGGAAUUAAGUCAUAAUGGUGCUGAUGUUGGAUUACAACUAGUUGAAAAUGGGUUUGCUAUUUUUGCUUCGGAAGAUAUAAGGAAUGAUAUUGAAUUUGACUUGCUUCGUGGACAGUUUAUAAAAGGAAAAAUCUUAGGAGUAAAAAGUUUUCAGAUAUUUUUUGUGAACUUGUUUCAAACAGAUUCGCAAUUUGAAUGUGGAUUGUAUAAAUGGAACUGUGAUGAAAAUGAUCCCGAAUACAACAAGAUGAGAAAAUCUUUUUGUGAAAUGACAGAAAAUAAUACUUUUAUAAUAUAUAUUAAUGAAAUCCAAGGAACCAAAUUAUUUGUGACAUUAUACGACUCUUCUGGGUGUAAAGUUGUUCCUUUUUCAUCAGAUGAGUCAAUAUCUUCUGUAUUUCCUCUAUGCGCAAAGCCAGUAUAUAGGCAAAAUAUGAAUGUGAUCAUUAGUCAUCGAAAUGGAGAUCAAGCAUUUAUUCAGGAAGAUUCAGACAUGACGCUUCUAUCGGAAUUAUUAGAUAACCUCUUUCAGUUCUAUGAAAAUAAUGGUGAUAUGCCCCAGACAGAGUUAACUGAAGGAAAUGUUUGUGCAGCGAAAUCUUUAUUGGACAGUAAUUGGUAUAGGGCUAUAAUCAUUCAAUCGAGGGAGAAUGAUUAUCUUGUCAGAUAUGUUGAUUAUGGUAAUGAAGAACUUUUACCUUUUAAUAACAUUAAAGAACUUUCUACAGCAUACUAUGAAUUAUAUAUGUUAUGUUUGGAAGUAAUUGCUUCCAAUGACUUUUGUCAUGAUGCUAGUGAUGAUUUGAUUAAAGUGAAUCUAAGUCGGAAAGGCAAAAUGUGGUAUCUAACUUCUGGCCACAAAUUAUGUAAUAAUGAACAAAGUCAUCCUGCACCUGAAAUAUCUUCAAAAUCCAACAAUGUUGGCCAUAAGGAUUCCAUUCAAACAGAAUUAACUCAGACAUGUGAUUUAGUUAUUGUUGCUCAUAUUGAUUCACCUAGCCAAUUUUGGGUGCAAGAUGCCAGUAAUAAGGAAGCUUUGUUACAUCUGCAAGAAGUUUUGCAAAAUAUAGCUGAAAAAUUGCCAUCAUUGACAAAUUUGCAAGUCGGUAGAAUAUGUGUUGCAAAAUACUCAAUCGAUGAUCUAUGGUAUAGAGCAGUAAUUCUUGAUGCCGAUAGUGAUAUUACUACUAUAAGAUUUAUUGAUUUUGGAAAUACGGAUGUGAUUGAAAAUUCUGAUAAUUUACUUAAAGAUCUUGAUGGUGAAUUAAAACAAAUUGAACCUCUUGCUACAAAGUGUUCAUUAUUAGCUGCUUCAGUAGAGGGAGAUGAUUGGAGUGAAAAUGCGUGCAAAGAAUUUGAAGAAUUUGUUCAACUUUCUGAAACUUUCAAACAAAAUGUUUUGUUUAAAAUAGGAAAAUGUUGUUAUGUAGAGUUAGAACAUGAUGGCAUUAAUAUAACUGAGCAAUUGAUAAGGAAUGGCCAUGGUAUUACGUGUGAUGUGAGUGAUAUACAUGACACUAGUGUUUUAUGCUCAGAUAGUGAUGUAUUGACUCAAAAAAAAACUGGUUACAUUAGCCAUUUUGUAGAUCUCAACGAAUUUUAUGUGCAGCUUGAAUGUGAUAGAGCUGGUUUAGAGUUUUUGGAAGAUGCUCUUUCAAAUGCUGCUUCAUUUCCUGUUUGCAAAAAUCCUGUAAAAGAUGUUGUUUGUGUUGCUCAGUUUGCCGAUGAUAUGCUUUGGUACAGAGCAUCAAUCUUGAAUGUUUUGCCUGAUUGUUAUGAAGUAUUUUUCAUAGAUUUUGGCAACACCGGUACUACUAAAGAAAUUCGUGAUAUGCCUGCAUCUCUGGAUAAUAUUGGUCAACUAGCUAAGCAGUGCUACAUUUUCAUUCCAGAUGAUCUAUCAAGUUUGAGUUUUGAGAUUGGUCAAAAGCUGCAAGAAAUAUCAGGGGACGGUCUAACUAUAUUUGAUAUUGAGUUCAUGAGUUUGUGCAGUCCUUAUAAAACACAAUUAAUUUUAAAUGGAGAAAAUAUAAUAGAAAAAAUAUUAUCUGAACACUUCUGAUGCCAAAUAUUAGUAUUUUAAAUAUGUUGUUUAAUAUUUACUUAUGUUAAUUGUCACAUUUGACAUGAUUAUUGUUUAUUUUAUAGUUUAUGUGAUAAUUUUGUACUA